AGUGGUAUUCAACACUUUUUCAUUUGGAGCCAAGAAGAGGGAGAAAAUUUGAAAUUACAGAACUGAUUUUGGAACUUCGGUUUAUUUACGAGAUUGCCACUGGCCGGUUCUUCAACCUCCCGCCUCCCUGCACCCCGUCCACUGGCGACGCCGUACGCCGGCGCCGGCCACCUGGGCGGACAGGUGCCGAGCCCCAGGCCCAGACCACCUCGUGCACCCCUGGUAUUGCCCCAAACCACCUUCCCUGGCGCCACAAGAGCUCGCCACGCGCCCCCCACCCUUCAUGUGCUCGCCACGGCGACCACCAUGGCCGGCCGAGCUGCCACGGCCGUGCGCGCCUCCCCCAGCACCGUCCUCCCCGGCAAAUUCGCCCCCAGCUCGACCUCCCCCUCCUCCCUUGCCUAUAAAAGGCCAACACGACCCUCCUCGCGCUCAGAAACCGCCGCCGCUGCGUUCAGUAACUCCGGCGAGCCGCAGCUCGCCGCGGAGCCCCCUUCUCCGGCCCUCCACGCCCCAAACCAACCCCUGAAAUGGAACCCCAUUGCCCUCCUGAAGCUCUCCGACCCAUCCUUUCCCUCAUUCCGUCACCGGAGCAUGGACGCCGGCGAGCAGACCCACCGCCGGCCGCCCCUCUCCGCGGACCCGCCUCCUCCGACCCUCUCCCGACGAGCCACGGCCACCCAAAGAAACGGUAAAUCUACUCGACGGUGAUUAUGAGUUGGUGCC